AGAGCGGCCACCACACAGCUGACUGAGACCCAACAGGGACACAUUGCUGCAUGCACUUCUCCCCGACAAACGCGUCAGGAUCCCCGGCUGCUAGUGGAGGGUAAGGCCCCUCGAAGCGAAUGAAGAAAUAUCUUUUGCUUCACUUCUUCAGAGGACUUCUCAGAAAAGGUAAAAAGAGUAAAAGAAGAAAACGGACAUGCUUAAACUACGGAAGGCUGAACCCCGGGAUGUGCCUGACAUAUUACGACUCAUAAAGGAACUGGCUAAAUAUGAAGAGAUGGAAGACCGAGUGUUGCUGACCGAGAAAGACCUUCUGGAGGAUGGAUUUGGUGAACACCCGUUUUACCAGUGCAUUCUGGCCGAAUGGCAGGAAGAACAAAGCAACGAAGAACCAAAGGUGAUCGGGUUCGCCAUGUACUACUUCACCUAUGAUCCCUGGACCGGCAAGCUCCUCUACCUCGAAGACUUCUUUGUUGUCGAGGAGUUCAGAGGAAAAGGCAUCGGUUCUGAGAUCUUGAAGCUCCUAAGUCAUUUGGCGAUGAAGACGCGCUGCGGCAGCAUGCACUUCAUCGUUGCCGAGGACAACCGCUCAUCCAUCGAGUUCUACAAGCGCCGCGGCGCUGAAGACCUGUCCAAGGAGGAGGGCUGGCGUCUGUUCCGCUUCGACAAGGACAGCAUCCUCAAGAUGGCGGCACCUGCGGAAGAGUGAGCUGGCCCCUCCCCCCCACCGGACUCCAGUACACAACGAGAAGGAGGAGGAAGAUGGGGAGGAGGAGGAGGAAGGGGUCAUCAUGGCAGGAGUCAUACCAGAGACAUGGACGUAGAGCUGGGGUCCCUGUGUCGUUUCCUAAGCUAGUUUGGUCGUAUGCGUCACGUAUUGACACAUGUUUACAGGAUACAAUUCUCAGGAAGCGUGGGUGAUUUGCAGAAGCUAUGCAUGAUUGACGGGCCGUGAGCUAGGCUCCAGCGGGCGUGGUGGUCAUGGUAACUAGUUCAAGGGGGGUUUGGGGGCCCAGACUCUCUAAUGCACAUGACUCUGUUGGAAGACUCAAGCCGGCCUUCCUCUCCGUUCGCACAGAGGUCAAAAUACUUAAACCGUAGUGUAGCCUCAAAAGGGCAUUAAUUAUCCCUAAAAUAUAUAUAUAUUUAGAUGUAGUGAGCUCUGCUUACCUCAGAUGUACCACUUAAUUUAGCGUUAGCCUUAUACUUUCCUUUUUAUAUAUUCCAUGUUUACAUUUUUUUGUUAACCCGUCAUGAUGGACAGAUUUUAUUACUUAUUCUUGAUUGUUGGAGCACAUUAGUUUUGUUAUGUGUAGUUUGCCAAUAAAGUUUAUUCUGAUAAGCCACAGAUGUUGUGUUCAUAAGCUCUCAUUCUCUGCUGUCGCUUUAUGUAUGUUUUUCAUGUUAAAUGAUGUCGGGAGCCAAUGAAAGCCAGUCUGUUUAAUCUUAUGCCUUGCCAGUCUGCAUUGUUAACUGGACAACAAGUAAUUGCUGGCAUCUGGACACUAUGGUGAUUGUAUAGUAAUAUAAUUGUGCAAUAUUGGGAAUUGCAAUGUGAACUAUGGAGGUUUACAUGUAAAACCCAACUAUGUUCAUGUUAGAAGAUGAGCUGGGGCCAUUGUACUUUCUGCCCACAUGAAGUAAGAGAAAACUUUGAAAGAAGCCUUUCACGUCAUGCUAAUAAGUUGUAGGAAACAAGAGGCGUUCAGUGCAAAUGGCACCACAACAGUUCUGUGUGGUCAUGUUCAUGAGUCAUUCUGCAGUGUAUUUACCCUUCAAAGGAUUGGACUUGACCCACUCAUGAGGAAAAGAAAACAACUGACCCACAUAGGUCGCUUCUUUACCUGUAUGGCGCACCCGCCCGGUACAAGUGAAAUGAAGCAAGAAAAAGCUCUGUGUACCUUUUUUAAAGGGGUGGUUUGAAGUAUGGUUUGUGUGUGUAUUGUUCUAAAUCUUGUCAAGAGCAACGUACAUAACACUGCCAGGGGCUCUUAUUGGAAUUGCAAUAUUCGCUCCCGGAGGACAAGCAUGGAUAGUUGGAAUGGCUAGUAAGACAGUGCUGGAUUGUUGCCCCUCUGCUCAUAGAAUUGUAUCGUCUCGUGGCUUUGGCAGACAUCUUUAUUGACAACUCAUUACAGAAACGAGCUUGUUU